AUGAUAAUGCCGGCGAUCUCUUCGGGACCAAACGGCGAGAUGAAGCCGGACUGCAGUCACGCCAUGAGUGCGACCAAAACGGAGUGCGCCGGCUGUGGCUCAUUCAUAAUGGACAGGUACUACCUGUCGGCGGUGGACAGGCAAUGGCACGUCCAGUGUCUCAAGUGCUCGCAAUGCAAGAUCGCGUUGGACUCAGAGCUCACUUGCUUUUCACGUGACGGACACAUCUAUUGCAAGGAAGACUACUAUAGGAUCUUUGCAAUGAAGCGGUGCAGUCGUUGCGGACAAGGGAUAUAUGCGUCCGAACUAGUCAUGAGAGUUCGCGACAACAUAUACCACAUGCAGUGUUUCACAUGUGCCUGGUGCAACACGACGCUAGCACAGGGCGAUUACUUCGGCUUAAAGGAUAAUCUAGUCUAUUGUCGCACUCACUACGAAAUGCUCACUUGCGGUCACUUUCUGCUGACGUCGGAGAACGCCAUUCACCCGUCGGCUCACGACAGGAACGGCUCGUCGCAGCCAAUUAUGCCGGCCUACGGAUCCAUAUACUCCGGCGCACCGACCACUGCGGGCGGCGGCGCUGUGACCGCCGUCACCGGUGUCCGCAAAGGCAGGCCUCGCAAGCGAAAGGCCACGGAUGGCACCCCUAUUCACGACACACACUCGCCCGGAGUGGCCACGACUCCCAGCGCACAAAGUCCUACAUUAGCCAAUUCAAUAGACAGUAACGUCGUGUCAAACCUGAGCUCAAGCCUCGACACGGGCUGUAUGAGCGAUGGACAGUCAUCAAUGAACGGGUCGUCUCUGGUGCUGUCGGGUCACGCCUCGGGCCAGAGGACCAAACGUAUGCGCACGUCAUUCAAGCACCACCAGCUCAGGACAAUGAAGUCCUACUUCUCCAUCAAUCAAAACCCUGACGCCAAAGAUCUUAAACAACUGUCGCAGAAGACCGGCCUCUCCAAGAGGGUCCUACAGGUUUGGUUUCAAAACGCGAGGGCGAAAUGGAGGCGAAAUAAUCUGAAACUCCCCGACGGACAGGACAUCAGUCUUGGCGGCAGUCAAUCAUUAUUAGCGCAUCCGUCGACACCAUCGACAGGCAUCGACAGUCCUAACGGUUCCACUCGUCCCUUCUCAUCGCCAUCACCGACACUAUCCGUGAAUGACAACCACAGCCACACCGGCAGUAGUAUAGAGUUUAAUCAAUCAUCACAUCCAGAAUCGAUCAUUCCUUUGGCCACUUUCCAGGAGUUAUUUUGAACGCUAUAUAAAAGUAAAUUAUAUAUAAAUAUCAUAAAAACAUUAUAUAAAUGACAAGAGAGUCGCAG